GAUUUGUACCAAAAAAGAAGAAGAGGCAACCUUGCUGAUGGCUGAAAAACCAUGACUCCAUGAGUGAUGAGCCCAAAACAAAACAAAACAAAAACAUUUUUUCUCGAAUAGAUAAGAGUGAAGUGGCAAUAGAAGACCGUAAGUAAUGGCUCUCUCAACGAAUUGCCUGCUUCUCCUACCCAAACUACUCGCUCCAACUCAAACUCAGUCGCCGGCCACUUUUCAUUUCAAUCAUUCCCGGCCUUAUAACCAUAGCUCUACAGCAGAGUCCUCUGUUUCGCUUUGGUUGCAUAAUGAGAAUCCAAAAUUCAAGACUAACUCAGCCAAUGCAGAUAAGCAAGAAGUGGAAGUGAACAAGGAAGAAGAAGAAUAUCAAGUACUAACAGCUAUAAGAAGCAGUUACAAUGAAAUUGUAAUCGUGGACACUGCUCAAGCAAGAAUGUUGCUUCUUGACUCUACUCAUAAUGUGCAUAGUAUUCUUUACAAGCACCAGAAAUGGACUAAUUCGUAUUGGGAUGAGUUUGCUAGCUUGCCUCCUAUUGUCCCAGAAGGUCCUAUUGCCAUUUUGGGCUUGGGUGGAGGAACAGCUGCGCAUUUGAUGCUCGACUUGUGGCCGUCUUUGCAGCUUGAAGGUUGGGAGAUUGAUGAAAUUUUGAUUCACAAAGCAAGAGAAUAUUUUGGGCUGUCGGAUCUUGAGAAGCAUUCACAUGCUGGUGGCAUACUUAACAUCCAUAUUGGUGAUGCAUUUUCUCCUUCAGUUCGUAUUUCUGGAGGAUAUGCUGGCAUCAUUGUUGACUUGUUUUCUGAUGGAAAAGUUCUGCCACAGUUGGAGGAGGUCACUACUUGGUUGGAAUUGAAGAAUCUGCUGAUGCCCAAAGGUCGUCUUAUGGUGAAUUGUGGUGGCAUAGAUGGCACUGAUGUAAAUAAUGGAAUAGUUCAUCCAAACAAUACUGAUGACAGUUGGGUAUACAAUCCGGCUAUCAAGGCAUUAUCUGAAGCUUUCCCCGGACAAGUAAGCUGGAAGAAAAUGCCAGCAAAUUUUGGUGCAAAUUAUCUUGGACUGACUGGACCUUUGCCUGAGUUUACUUCGUGGUCUGCUGCAGUACCAGGCCCCUUGACUGCCAAUGUGAAGCAAUGGAGACCAUGCUAACCUGUUCAUUGAUGGAACCUAUAGCUUGUUAUAAAUUUAUCAGAGAGCUCAUUAUGAUUUUGAUUUAGCCGGUCGAAGUUGUAUUCAACACUCAAAACCCACCAUCCAUGUUCUUGGAGAUCAUUGCCACAAAGGGUGACAAAGCAUGUGAUUUAUCCCAAAGAAUGCUGUACCUUCUAUGGUUUAUUCCAAUCGCUAUAGGUUGAAAUAACCUACACAAUUAGUCUAAGAUGUAUGCCUCAAGACGUUAGCAUCCAUGUUCUUGGACAGCAUCUGUAGCAUAUGCUUACAAUUAAUUGGUUUUGAGUUCUGAUUCUAUGGCGUAAGACGUAUACACCAUAGAAUCAGACGUAUCAUCUGUAUCUUCCAUAAUACUUGCUAAGUAGAACUAUUUGCUC